AUGGCUCUUUCUUGGUGUGUUGCCUGUGGCCUUCUCCUCAUCUUGAACCUUCAACUAUUCAGCACGUAUCCUGUUGGCAGUAGCCGGACCUCCGGUGACAUGGACAUCUUUAAGUUGCUCCUUGACAGAUUAGAGGAGACCCUUCCAGAGCCGGCAGAAAUUGAGCAGGGGCUCUCUGCUGAGAGGGACAACGCUCUUGAGUACCCCGACACAGAAGCCGAAGCACGGCAGCCGCGCCGCGGCUUGGACGAAGAUUCCGUCAGGGAGUUCCUGUCAGCCAAAAACCUGAAGAGCGUCCGCAGUGACUCCGCCAGGAGAUCUUCUGGUUGCUUUGGUCGCCGUAUGGACCGAAUCGGCUCCAUGAGCUCCCUAGGGUGCAACAGGGUUGGCAAAUACAAUCCAAAAUGAUGCCAAAGUCUUACCAUCGACAGCCUCGCGAUACUGCAAUGUUGCUACCCAAAGUUAUUUUCUAUUCAUUUAAUAUUUAUUACCUAA